AUGCCACAAGGAGUUAUUCUCUGUACAGCCUCCUACGAUAAGACCAUUCGCUUGUGGGAACCAACCACAAAUGUUUGCUCUCACACCAUCAAUUAUACGGAUCCACAAGUAAAUGCUCUCUGUAUUUCCCACAACAAACAUUUAUUGGCUGCUGCCUCUCACAAUCAUAUUCGUCUCUUUCAAUUGGCUACAAGUGAUCCACCAAGAGGAAGAACCAUGAAGUCGAGACACACUGCAAAUAUUCUAGCUAUUGGAUUUCAACAGGAAGACAAGUGGAUGUACAGUGCUGGAGAAGAUGGAACGGUGAGAGUUUGGGAUUUACGUACUUUUACUUGUCAGAGAGAAUAUUCAGUAUCAAGUAAUAAUCACGUUAAUUCUGUUGUUUUACAUCCAAAUCAAGUAGAAUUAAUUGCUGGUGAUCAGAAGGGAUAUUUGCGAAUUUGGGACUUGACCGAAGACAAGUGUGCCUACAAGAUUUGUGUAUGUAAAGGAACUCCUAUUAGAAGUGUAGAUGUUAGUCAAGAUGGAAGAACAAUUGCUGUUGCCAAUCAAAAGGGAAAUGUAUAUAUUUAUCACUACAAGUGCUAUGAAGAAACAGAGAAUAAUGGUGUCAUACGAUUGAUCUAUCAAUUCAAUGCUCACUUUAAUCAUUAUAUUCUUAAAUGUAAAAUUGCUCCAAACUGUACACAACUUGCUACUUGUAGUUCAGAUUCCACUGUUAGAUUGUGGGAUUUAUCUAGUCAAUGUAGACUUCAAAAGACUCUUAAUGGACAUAAGAAAUGGGUUUGGGAUUGUACUUACAAUUCUGAUUCUUCAUAUUUAGUGACAGCAAGCUCAGAUUUGACAGCUAAACUUUGGGAUUGUAAUAGAGGAGAAUAUAUCAAAGAAUAUAAGGGACAUGCAAAAGCAGUAGUUUGUUGUGCCUUACACGAUACACCAGUUUUGUAA